AAGAUCAAUAGAAUUAGUACCUUUUUCUGGUUGAAUGACUGGGACAUGUGGAGUUUCUGGGGCCAGUUGCUUCCUCCUUGAAUAGACCUUGAGUGGCACUUGAAGAUCCUCCCCCUCUGAACUUUGCAUAUAGGAUUCAAAUCUGGGUAACUCAGGGACAGCUUCUGGUGCAGUUUCUUAGGCAUUCUUUGGGGCAAUUGCUUGGGUAUUUUCUGAAGUAACAGCUAUAGAAAAAUCUGGCAUUACUGGUUCAGUGUUUGAGGCAUUUUCUGGGGCUGUGUUUUUGGUAUUUUCUGGAGUGACUGCUAUGGAAAAAUCUGAUCCCUUAGUUUGGACAGUUUUGGUGGAGUUCUCUAGGAUAGGAAGAGUAGGUAGGCUAGGAAAGAAUUCCUUAUCUUCUGCAAAAGGCUCCCCCUGAAGAUAAGGACUAGAAAAAAAAGGUUGUUUUUCAUUGAAUGAUACAUCCAUAGUGACAAAAAACCUUUUAGAAGCUGGGUGAUAGCACUUAUAACCCUUUUUUGUAGGAGAAUAACCAACAAAGAUACAUUUAAGGGCUCUUGGGUCAAGUUUAGUUCUUUGAUGAGCAUAUAUAUGUACAAAGGCCACACACCCAAAAAUCCUUGGGGAAAGGUGGUUGAAACCAUCAAAUUUUGGAAAAAAUCUAGACAGUGUUUCAAUAGGGCUAGAAUAGUUAAGAAUCUGAGAGGGUAGGCUAUUUAUGAGGUAUGUAGCAGUUAGGACAACCUCUCCCCAAAAUGACUUUGGAACAUUCAUUUGAAAAAUCAACGCUCUAGUGAUCUCCAAUAGAUGCCUAUUUUUAUGUUCGGCUAUCCCAUUUUGUUGGGGAGUAUCAUUAUAGGAUGAAUAAUGUAUGAUUCCUUCUUUUUGGAGAUAAGGUGUAAGGUAUUGAUUAAAAUACUCUUUUCCAUUGUUUGACCUUAUUCCUGAGACCUUGGCAUCAAACUGAUUUUUUAGCAUGUCAUGAAAAAUGGGGAAAAUUGUGCUAACCUCGGAUUUUUGUUUCAUGAGAUAUACUCAAGUAAAUCGAGGACAAUCAUCAACAAACAAAACAAACCAGCUUACUUCAGAAAUGCUAUAAACUUUAGUAGGUCCCCAAACAUCCGUAUGAAUCAAACUAAAUGGAACAAAACUUUUCUUAUUACUUAAAGGAAAAGACACACAGUGAUGUUUAGCACCCUCGCAAACAUCACAAUGGAAGUUUUGAACAUUUAGUUUUUCAAACAUAUUAGGAAAUAUUUUUUUCAACAAUAAAAAAGGUGGAUGACCAAGGCGAAAAUGGGAUAACCAAACUUGUUCCUCAGCUGGAGUAUGAUGUUUUGAUAAGUACGUAUGAGGAGCAGGACAUGUUGUGCCACUUUCAGCUUCAAGGAGAAACAGUCCCCCUUCUUCUCUAGCAUGCUCAAUCACUUUCCCAGUAAGAAGGUCCUGAAAAGAACAUUCAGAUUGUGUAAAGUUGACUGAGCAAUUUAGGUCCUUAGUAAUUUGAGGAAUAGACAACAAAUUUACUAAUAGUUUUGGAACAUGUAAGACAUUUCUUAAUGUCAGAGAAGAUGUUAAGAAGACAUCUCCUUGACCAGCCACAGUCACUAAGGUACCAUCAGCAAUUUUGAUCUUUUGAUUUCCCGGGCAAGGAAUGUAAUUAGAAAAGGCUUUUGAAGAAUUGGCCAUAUGGUCUGAAGCCCCUGAAUCAAUGAUCCAAGGGCUGGAAAACUGAAUUUUAGAGGCACUCAAAGAGAAAGAAUACUUACCUGUUUGAGCAAAAUGACUAUGCCCCUCAGGUUUUUCUAGCUUGGAAAUGAAUCUUUUAAGUUUGUCAAUUUCCUCCUUGUUGAGCUCCAUUUCUUGGUCAAAGUUUUCUUCCUGUUGUUUUCCUCCAAUUUCAGCAAGAUUGGCUUGUGAUUUAUAGCCAGAAUUAACCCCUUAACCCCCAUUCCCCUUGAAGAAAUUUAGGGGCUUGCCAUGGAGCUUCCAGCAUGUCUCCCUUGUGUGCCUAUUUUUCUUGCAAUAGCUGCACCAUAAGGAGUCUUUCUCACUUGUUUUCUUCCCUUCAUUUCUACCAGAGUUUGCAGCAUUAGCCGCAACACUUCAUUUCCACUUGGUUUUGAGAUGGCUAAAACAGAUCUGUCCAUGGUGUUUCCCUUUUCUAACAUUAUAUUUCUCCUUCGUUCUUCUCCUCUAACUAUUGCAAAGGCUUUGUUUAGAGAUGGCAGUGGCUCUUUCCCAAAAAUUUGGACUCGUACUUGAUCCAAUUCCACAUUCAAACCCGCCAAGAAAUCAUACACCCUCUCUCGUUCAAUGAACUCUUGAUGCAUUGUUGCAUCUAUGUUGCACUUCAUUCUUAAAUUCUGAUAUUGAUCAAGUUCAAGCCAAAGACUUUUAAUAACAUUGUAGUACUUAGUUACGGAAAGAAUACCUUGUUUGGUGUUGUGAAUCCUUGUCUUUAGUUCAUACAUUUGGGCUGCAUCCCUUACCUUAGAAUAGGUAUGACACACGGACUCCCAAAUUUCCUUGGCUGUUGAGAGAAACAUGCAUGUACGACUUAUAUCCGAUUGCAUAGAGUUCCAAAGCCAUGACAUGAUUUGAGAGUCUUCUUCAUCCCACAUGACAAACCUUGGAUCAUCCUUACUCACAACAGGUCCAAUGGGAUGGUUUAACUUCCCUUUGCCCUUAAUAUAAGUCUUUACCAAUUGUGACCACUCUAAAUAAUUUCCCCCAUUGAGUUUGAAGGAUCCUACUAUAUUCUGGAAUUCAGCAAGUGGUGUUGAUUGUUGGAUUGUGGUUUCGCUUGAUAUUGAAGAAUCAACUUCUGAAGUGUUUGACAUCAUGAGGGGAAGAAGGGAUAUGAAGGUAAAAAAAAUAGGGGCAAUAAAGGCCUAAUAUGAAGCAACGUUUCUAACAGAAGGUCAGAAACUAAUGGGAUAUGAUCUGAAAAAAUCAAAGUUUUUAAAGGCGUUUGUGAGGCGCGCCCUGAGGCGAGGCGCGGCGAAAACGCCCUGAGGCGUUAAAAAUAAAACGAAAUGCUUGAAAGGCGUACGCUUUUCCGGUGAGGCGUGAUUGAGGCGCGCUUUGAUCGCGCCUUUCACGCUUCAAGAAGAAGGCGUACGCUUUGUCGGAUCUGAUGUGGCAAUGAACAGAGAUUUAAAAAAAGCCCUAAGUAAUCCCUAAAACCCGACUCUCGACUGAAAACAAGCCCAAAAUGAAACCCUACCUCCAACGACUCAAGCGGCGACGGAGUGCUCACCCCUCGGCGGCGACCAAUCGCAGUGCGUCUUCUCCGGUGGCGAUCACUCUCGUACAUCUCCAGAAUGAGUUCCUCCGAUUCGAAAAAUUCAAGAAAAGAUUUUGUGUGGAAGUAUAUGAUUGAAGUUUUUGGAGAGCAAUAUUUAAGAUGUAAAUUUUGCAAUCAAAGAUGUACGGGAGGGGUGAAUAGAUUAAAACAUCACUUAGCCGGAACUCAUCAUGGUAUGAAACCAUGCAGCAAAGUUAGUGAAGAUGCUAGAUUGGAAUGCAAAGAGGCAUUGGCCAAUUUUAAGGAUCAAAAAACAAAGAGAAAUGAAUUGCUCCAAGAAAUUGGUAUGGGUCCAACUUCAAUGCAUGAGAGUGCCUUGUCUAAAACAAUAGGGACAUUAGGGAGUGGGAGUGGGAGUGGGGAACCUAUUCCUAGGGGACCCAUGGAUAAAUUUACUACUUCACAACCUAGACAAAGUACUUUGAAUUCAAAGUGGAAGCAAGAAGAAAGGAAGGAAGUGUGUAGAAAAAUUGGUAGAUUUAUAUAUUCAAAAGGUCUCCCAUUCAACACUGUGAAUGAUCCUUAUUGGUUUCCUAUGAUAGAUGCUGUUGCAAACUUUGGGCCCAGGUUUAAGCCUCCAUCUAUGCACGAAUUGAGGACAUGGAUUCUUAAAGAAGAGGUGAAUGACCUAAGUAUCAUUAUGGAAGAUCACAAAAAAGCUUGGAAACAAUAUGGAUGUUCAAUUAUGUCAGAUGGUUGGAUAGAUGGAAAAAGUAGGUGUCUUAUCAAUUUUUUGGUGAAUAGUCUUGCUGGCACUUGGUUUAUGAAAUCAAUUGAUGCUUCUGAUACAAUAAAAAAUGGGGAAAAUAUGUUCAAAUAUCUUGAUGAGGUGGUUGAAGAAAUUGGAGAAGAGAAUGUUGUGCAAGUCAUCACUGAUAAUGCCUCUAAUUAUGUGAAUGCUGGAAGGAGGCUUAUGGAAAAAAGGAGUAGAUUAUGGUGGACUCCUUAUGCUGCUCAUUGCAUUGAUUUGAUGUUGGAGGAUAUUGGAAAGCUAAAUGUUCAUGCUACUAUACUUUCUCGAGCUAGGCAAGUUGUGAAGUUUAUAUAUGGGCAUACUUGGGUUCUUAGCUUGAUGAGAACAUUUACAAAAAAUCAUGAACUUAUUCGUCCAACAAUUACAUGGUUUGCUACUGCAUUUCUUACUCUCCAAAGUCUUUAUAAGCAAAAGCAAGCUCUUAUAGCAAUGUUCUCCUCAGAAAAAUGGUGUUCAAGCACAUGGGCUAAAAAGGUAGAAGGUGUGAAAACUCGAAGUACAGUGUUGUUUGAUCCAAAUUUUUGGCCUCAUGUUGCUUUUUGCAUAAAGACCACUGUUCCAUUAGUUAGUGUCUUGAGAGAGGUUGAUUCAGAGGAAAGACCAGCCAUGAGUUAUAUUUAUGAGUUGAUGGAUUCAACUAAGGAGAAGAUUGCAUUUAAUUGUUUGGGCAUGGAGAGAAAAUAUGGCCCAAUUUGGAGAAAAAUUGAUGCAAGAUGGACUCCGCAACUUCAUCGACCUUUACAUGCAGCAGGCUAUUAUCUUAAUCCUCAAUUGCGGUAUGGAGAUAAGUUCUCUAAUGUUGAUGAGGUGAGGAAGGGAUUAUUUGAAUGCAUGGAUAGGAUGUUGGAUUAUCAAGAACGUUUAAAAGCUAACAUUCAAUUGGACUCAUAUGACCAAGCAAUGGGUGAAUUUGGGAGUCGUAUUGCAAUUGAUUCUCGAACAUUAAGAAGUCCUACAAGUUGGUGGAUGCGUUUUGGGGGUUCAACACCGGAGUUGCAAAAUUUUGCUAUUCGAGUCCUUAGCCUUACUUGUAGUGCUUCAGGAUGUGAAAGAAAUUGGAGCACAUUUGAAUCGAUCCAUACAAAAAAAAGAAAUAGACUUGAACAUCAAAGGUUGAAUGCUCUAGUGUAUGUAAGGUACAACACUAGAUUGAGAGAGCGAAGUCUACAAAGGAAACAAAAUGUUGAUCCAAUCUUGGUAGAGGAGAUUGAUUCCGAUGAUGAAUGGAUUGCGGAGAAAGAAGAUCCCCUCCUCCCCCUUGAUCUUUGUUGGCUUCAAGAUAAUGAAUUAUUCAAUGUUGAUGCCAUUAGAGUUGUGUCAUCCAACUCCCAAGAGAUGCAAGCAUCAUCGGAUCAUAUGGUUUCUUCACAUUCCUACAAAAGGAAACAUAAUGAAGUACCAAGUACAAGUGGAGGCAAAGGCAAAGAGAAGGAAUUGAAUUUGACACCAAUUGAUGAAGAUGAAGAUUUAGAUGAAAUGGGGAUACAUGAUAGUGGACAUUUUCCUACUAUUGAUACAUUGGAUGAGGAUGAUGAUGACCUUGGAGAGGAGGAUUUAAGUUGAAAAAAUUUACUCUAGUUGUUAUUUCAUGACUUAGUUAUGGAUUUUUUGUAAAAGUUUAGAACUAUUAUUAUGGUUGACUCUAUUUUCUAUUUCAUGACUUAGUUAUGGCUUUUUGUUAAAGUUUGAAACUAUUAGUAUAGUUGAAUCUAUAAUCUAUUUUAUGAAUUUGUUA